AUGAGCGAUUCCAAAUCGCAGUAUGUGGACUCGGCCUUCCAGACAAGUAUGCCUUCAACUUCCCUUUCGUCGCAAUUACAACAAUCCUGCUUGGCCCAUGCUGUCCGACACAAGUGUCGACCUACCCCAUAUCGACUUAUUUCUCAUCAUGCCAGCGUCCUGGAUCUCAUCCGCGGACGCCUCGCGAAAGAGCCACACCGGGGUCUAUUUGAGCGUAGCACGACGAACUUGUUUGAAUACCUAAAUUCAAGGCCCCUAUUUUUUCUUCCUCUCGCUCAUUGUUUACAUUCUCAAUCCCAUCCACCCCCAGACGAACCUUCUCCGGAUUUGAUCCUGAAACCGGGACCCGAGCAGAGUGAAACAUCAGCGGAUAUCGGCGCAGAUACCGAAGACUACGGCGGAGAGUUUGAGGGUGAUAUCGUGGAACAGGCAGAAUUCAGCGGGGAUGAUGAUUCUCAGGGUCUCGGGGGCUCUGCGGCAUCGAAAGAUGCUCAGCGGGUGGUGACCUCUGCUAGAAAACGUCAACCACGAGAAAAUUUUGUCGUCAAAAUCCCGGCCGUGAAUGUUUCUGGCGCCAUUGAAACAAUGAGGCUCGCACGUGAGCAUGGCCUGACGAGUGAGGAAGUCGUUCUCCAACCUGCAUCGCGCGGGCUGGAAAGACAGGAAGUAAUGCGCACCCUCCGGCGCAAUGAGGACAUACUUGCAGCCAAGAUGAGAAUCGACCUUCAGGAGUCACGACAGCAGAGUGAAAUGAAGGCAAUCCUCCAGCAGAGGGGAAAGCUGCCACUGAUGGCCAAGUUGACUCGACAGAAACUUCUCCGUAUUCUCAGUUGCAAUGAUGUGGUCAUCAUUCUGGCCAAGACAGGUUCUGGAAAGACUACCCAAGUGCCUCAGAUCAUUCUCGAUGACCAAAUAAUGUCUGGUAAUGGACCAUCCACCAAUAUUGUCUGUACACAGCCUCGGCGUUUUGCAGCUACGUCCGUGGCCCACAGGGUGGCCUAUGAACGUCGCGAAAGGCUGAGAAACAGUGUCGGCUUUCACAUUCGCGAUCAAAAUUGGUCCCCCAAUCGCCUAGGCAGCAUUGUGUACUGUACCACGGGAAUCCUUCUCAACCGGUUGAUCAGUGAUCCGCAGGGGACCUUAAAAUACCACUCUCACAUCAUAGUGGACGAAGUCCACGAAAGGGACAUCCAAAUUGAUUUGGUGUUGACGCUUCUCCGGAACGCCGCUCGGGAGGCAAAGGCGACUGGUCAGAAUUUCCCUAAAAUCAUCCUCAUGAGUGCCACAAUUGACGCAGGAAUGUUUAUUGACUAUUUCAAGGAGCCCACGAGCGAAGGCACCGCCCUUCGGGUUGCGUGUUUUGAGGCAGAAGGAUCCAGCGCCCACGUUGAGACUUACUACUUGCCCGAUAUCUUGUCCGAAAUUUCACAGGCCGGCAGUUUGCAUCCCACUGCGCAGACUUUGCUGCAAGGCAAGAACCCGAGGAUAUCCAGCGCUUCUUAUAUUGAACGCGAGAUGCAAUUUUCUACCCAUCAGGCAAAUUCAGCGUCCGAUUUCAUAAGAACAGACGAAACCUCCCUACCAGGCAUGUUAUCUGUCCAAGAUACAGACUCGUCUUCUUCCGACGAGACCGCCGGGCAAUACACUGGACUCGUUGCCGCAGUGAUAGCUCACAUCGUAAAGAGCAAGCCUCAAGGUGACUUGUUAGUUUUUCUCCCUGGAAAAGCGGACAUCGACACAGUCUGGGAUCUUCUGACACAGGUGGAUCCGCUUGGCAUCAAUUUUAACAACAAUCAGCAAUUCAGGCUUUUCAAACUUCAUUCUCAACUUCGCGCUUCAAACUAUGGCGUUUAUGAUCCUAUACCACCGAGCUGUAGAAGGAUCAUACUGGCCACAAACAUUGCCGAAACUUCUGUGACAUUGCCUGAUGUAAAGUAUGUCGUGGACACCGGUAAAGCGCGAAGCUCAUUGUGGGAUCCUGUUACACUCAAAAGAAGUUUGCCAUAUCGUUGGAUCUCCAAAACAAAUUCCAUCCAGCGACGAGGCCGAGCGGGACGUGUUCGAAACGGUCAUUAUUAUGCCCUCUUUUCGAAAGAACGGUACGAGUCAUUUCGAACCAUGGGUAGUCCCAAGAUCAAAAUGAACGACCUGGUGGAAUUCGCUUUGCAACUCAAGACGCAACCGCAGAAAAUUGAUCUAACUAGAUUCUUGAACGACACGAUCGAACCACCGAGCCCACAGAAUGUGAAACGCGCUCUCAAGUCAUUGCAAACCCUGGGCGUAUUAACCAAAAAUGAAGAACUCACGGGUUUGGGGCAGUUUCUCUCCCGAUUUGGGCUGCAUCCAGCCUUGGGCAAAGGUAUCUUGCUCGGCGCUCUUUUCGGCUGCCUUGAGCCCAUGCUGAUUCUUGGAUGUCACGGUGGUUGA